AUGGCUGUUUCUGAGACAACGACUGUCCAUAAUACACCACAGGUCUUCAGCGUAAGCGAUCGCGCCAAGUUGCUGUCAACGUUGUCAGACUCCGGCGCGCCGGUUCUGAUCCACCUCAACGCCGACACGACCUGGCUGCUGAGCCUGCCGUAUCCACCAUUGGCCGAGCGACCAGCCGGCCGGACACGGUUCAACAUCCUGCUCGAUCCGUGGCUUCAGGGCCCGCAGUCGGACGUUGCCUCGUGGUUCUCUACUCAAUGGCACCUUGUGGCUCCCAGCGUGCAGACGAUUGCAGAGCUCAACACGCUGCUGGCCGAGUCGGAGCAGGCGGGGCACUCUGAUGCUACUUACAUAGACGUGGUGGCGAUAUCACACGAAUUCACAGACCACUGUCACGAGGCAACGCUGAGAGAGCUCCCACGCACCACGCCCGUCUUUGCCACCGAAAAGGCCGCCGAGCUCAUCAAGUCCUGGAGGCACUUUGACCGAGUUGUGACCACUCCGGGCUUCUCGUCGUCAACGUCGGAUUGGCAAAAGGCUCUGAGCUUGGCGCCGCUUCCGUCCUGGGUCGGCAUCGGCCGUGUGGUGACUGCGGGCAACGCCCUCUACUACCACUCGGCCGUCAUUAUCGCAUUCAAAUCGCCGGUCGAAAAUGAACUAGAGGGUGACCUGGCCCCUCGUGCUGUCCUCUAUUCCCCUCACGGUAUUAAAGGCUCCGACCUGGACGCGGUCAAGAAAUCGGGCAUCGAAACACUGGCGCUUCUCCACGGUCUCCACGACGUCAGGAUAUGGAUGACGAAGCAGCUCAACCUGGGCGCCCUCAACGGGCUCGAAGCGGUGCGUGCGAGCGGCGCCAAGUAUUGGAUUGCUACACACGAUGAGGUAAAGAAGGGCGGUGGCUUCAUUGCACCUUUGUUGAGGCGGACCAAGUACACCGUAAACGACGCUGUGAGGAAAGAGACCAAGUCAAUGGGCGAGCAAGCGCCAGACUAUGAAUUUGUCGAGCUUGGUUCAGGUGACAGUUUGGUGUUGACAUGA